AUGAAUGCUUGGUCCGACCUCCCGAUGGAGCUUCUCGGCUCCAUCCUCGAACGCCUCCCCGUUGCAGACCGAAUCCGCUUCGCUGCCGUCUGCUCCUCUUGGCGCUCCGCCUCCGGCGCCCACCUCGGCUGCCCGUCCCCGCCACAGUCCCCCUGGCUCAUGCUCCCCUUCAACCCCACCUUCACCCCCACCGGCUCCGCCGCCGCCUUCUUCAGCCUCGCUGACCGAAAGGCCUACAGACUCCCCCUCCCUGACCCGCCCGUCUCCGACCGCCUCGUCGUCGGCUCCUCCCACGGUUGGCUCGUCACCGCCGACGCAGACUCCGAGCUCCAGCUCCUGAACCCAUUGAUGGGAGAGCAAGUCCGGCUCCCUUCCAUCACCACCUUCCCCUUCGUCGACGCCGUCCGUGACGAGCGCGGCCGUGUCACCCGCUACUCACUCUGCUUCGGGGACGACAUUCCGCCCGAGCCGUUCGAGCCGGACAGGCUGAGGUACUUCUUCUACGAGAAAGCCGUCGUCUCCUCACCUCCGUCUCGCUCCUCUUGCUCCUCUUCUUGGGGAGGCUACACCGUGAUGCUAAUUCACAACCCCCUGUUCGGGCUGGCCUUUGCGAGGGCCGGCGACGAGUCGUGGACGCUCAUCGACACCCCGUCGCUAUACUGGGUAGACGCCAUCUGUUCUUCCAGCGGGCAGUUCCUGACGCUGGAGUCCAUGGGCAGGGUCGAGACUUGGGAGCUGGACGGCGGACCCCUCCCCGCUUCCACCCUGGUCGCCCCCAGGUUGGGCAUCUACGACUGCUCCAAGUACCUGGUGGAGCUGCCGCGGGGGCAGCUGUUGCAGGUCUACCGAUGGAAGGACCCGGUGCAGUCCAAUUGCAAGUGGGAGCCUCGCCCGCUCUACGUGGAGUGCGUCACUACCAGGGUGAAGGUGUUCAGGUUGAAGGUAGACGAUGCCAAGGGAUGCGUCUGGGUUGAGAACGAGGGCGAGAAUUUGCAGGAAUUCGCGUUGUUCUUGGGGAAGAACAGCUCGAUGUGCGUCAAGGUGAGGGAGUGCCCUGAGCUGAGAGGGAACUGCAUCUAUCUCACGGACGAUGGCUCGUGGUCGUAUGAGAAGUGCCAUGAAGUGGUUCCAGAUGUGGGGGUGUUCGACCUGAAGGAGAAGAGCCUCAAGCCUUGUGGUGGCUAUAAUUUCCAGUGGAUAUGGCCUCCUCCCGCUUGGGUAAUUCCCACUGUGACCUAA